AUGGCUUGCAGCUCACUUAAAAACAUAUAUGUCGUCGGAGCCCAGUGCACGGGAAAGACAACGCUCGUUGACGCGCUGGCAUUACAUUUCAGCCACACAAAAUCGAAACCUCUGCUCAUCAAAGAAGUUGCCCGCGGAGUGCUUCGGAAGCACAACUACACUGCCGCCGACAUCACCAAUUCGCCAGUCCGGGCACUCGAGCUCCAGCAUCUUAUUCUCGCCGCACAAUUGGCGGCGGAAGAAGAAGCAGGUCGCAAAUGGCUUAUCUCAGAUCGUUCAGCGCUGGAUCCAGUCGUGUAUGCCAUGCUCCAUGUCGGCGAAGAAGCCGCAGCCAGGAUGCUAGAGUCAAAAGCGUGGCAAGUUUCACGCCUGAGAAUGCAGGAGGCGCGUGUCUUUGUUUGCGAAGCCGGAACGCCUUGGCUUGUAGACGAUGGGGUACGCUUGAUGCCUGAAAAUACUGAGAGAUGGAUGACGGUGCAUCAGACGUUUUGCAAACUACUCCGAGAGCAGGGCAUUCCCUUUACUGUGGUGAAAAAGGAGACGGCGGACUUGGCCAAGCGGGUAGAGCUUGUACUAGGAGAGCAUACAGACAAGGCAGAUGGAGCAUAGAGUGAAUCUGUGCAGGCAGAUGGUGACGAGGUUGGAGGACGUCUAGAUGAAAGGAGGAAUUAUUGUAGUGAU